AUGGCUGUCGUAGGCAACAUUGACUUCCUCGCGAGGGACGUCUUGUAUGACAAACAGAAGCCUUACAGGAUGAAGUUUGUUCCGCCGUCCGGCUUUCCAUGGUCAAAUAUCAAGACCAACAUUCAACCCCAGAAGAUUGAGGACAUUCGGGGUCGCGAAAAAGAUUUUUCUCUGGGCGCAAAUGGAUUCUCUCUGGAAACGUUGGACUCCGGCAUGACUUACGAGGAUUUUGACGACGAAGAUAAGAUUGUUCAAACAUAUUUACCAAAUGUUGCCAAGCUCCUGAGAUCCAUGCUUAACCCAUCGAGAAUACAAAUUUUCGAGUUUCUUGUUCGGAAACGGGGCGAGAGUUUCCCACUAGCGACAGAGACUGCUUAUGAAGAUCAUCAACCCACGACUGCAGCACACAUUGGUUUGUGA